UUUAUUUAAAAAAAAAAAAAAAAAAACCCUAAAUGGCUACCCAAGACCCCCAGGACCCCCAACCCACUCCCACUCCCACUCCCACUCUCACCCCUCUCAGCGUCUCCUCUCUCAAAUUGAAGAAAGCUUGAGAUUGAAAGAAGAGGGAGAACCCUAGCCACCCACAGCCACCGCAGCCACUUAUAGUCACCCAGCCCGUAGCCACUGCAGCCCCCAGAGCCUCGCAUCGUUUGUCAUCGCUGAACCCUUCUCUCCCUUCUCUCUCUCUCUGUCGCGCUCUUUGUCUCUCUGUUGCUGCUUCGCUGCUCCUCGCCAUGUAUCGUCGUCGCCGCUUCUCUACUCCUCGCCGUGGGUCGUCGUCGCCGCUUCUCCACUCCUCGUCGUGGGUCGUCGCUGCUUCUCCCUUCCUCGUCGACGUUGUUUCUGCUUCUCUGCUUCUCUGCUUCUCUUUUAGUGUUCUUAUUAUCCAAACAAGUGAGGCUCAGAUAUGUUUACCCAAGAAACAUGCAUCCUUAUUCCUAUUUGGGGAUUCAUUUUUUGACAAUGGAAACAACAAUUAUAUCAAUACAACAACUUUAUAUCAGGCAAAUUAUCCUCCCUAUGGAGAAACCCUUUUCAAGUAUCCAAGUGGAAGAUUCUCUGAUGGACGUAUGAUUCCAGAUUUCAUUGCUGAGCUUGCAAAGUUGCCUUUGCUUCCACCAUAUCUUCAUCCUGGAAAUCCUGAUUUCACCUAUGGAGUCAAUUUUGCCUCUGGAGGCUCUGGUGCUCUGCUUCAAACUGCUCAAGGAUAUGUGAUAGACCUUCACACCCAGGUGAAAUAUUUCAAAAAUGUGAAGAAAAUAUUAAGGGAAAAAAUCGGAGAUGAAGAAGUAGAGGCACUGCUCAAAAGAUCUGUGUACUUUUUCAAUGUUGGAGGCAAUGAUUAUCGUGGCCUUCUGAAUGUUACAAACUCCACUGUGAGAUUAUUGCCGAUUGAUAAACAACAAUUUGUUGGUUUUGUCAUUGGAAACCUUACAAAUGCCAUUAAAGAAAUUUAUGAGCAAGGUGGAAGAAAGUUUGGGUUUUUAAAUGUGGGUCCUAUAGGGUGUUCUCCAAGCAUAAGGAUUCUGAAAAACAAUGGAAGCACAUGCUUUGAUGAGAUUUCAGCAGUUGCAAGGUUACAUAAUAUUCAACUUUCAAAGAUGACUCUGAAGCUUAAAAAACAGCUCAAUGGGUUCAAAUAUUCAGUCCAUGAUUUCUAUGUUUCACUUUCUCAAGUUGUCACAUAUCCUUCAAAAUAUGGUUACAAAGGAGGAAGUGGGGCAUGCUGUGGAAGUGGACCAUACAGAGGAGAAUAUACGUGUGGGGGGAACAAAGGGAUCAAGGAAUAUGAAUUAUGUCAGAAUCCAAAUGACUAUGUUUUCUUUGACUCCCAUCAUCCUUCCGAUAAAGCUUGCGAGUAUUUUGCUCAGCUCAUAUGGAAUGGCAACUACACUUUUAAUAAGCCCUCCAAUCUCAACCAGCUCUUUCAAUUUUAUUCGUCAAUAAUCUUUUUUUUAUAUAUAUAUAUAAUAUGUACAAUUCGAAAUUAUUGAUCUAAAUGGCAUAUUGUUAUUUAAAAGGUUAGAUUUAACAGUGUUUAUAUAAUUUUCUAGAGUAUUUGAGAAUAUUUUAGAUGGUUCCGGAAUGUUUUAGAAUAUUCUAGAAGGUCUCGGAAUACCUUAAAAAAUUUUAGAAGAUUAUAGGAGGUCAUAGAAUAUUCUAGAAGAGUCUUGAUGUAUAUAAAAAUAUGAAGAGUAGUAUAGAAUAGUCUAGAAGUAUUUAAAAAGUUGUAGUAAGAUAGAUAUUUGUAAUGAAGAUUCUAGAUGAUUAAUCUAAACAGUUGAUUAGAUUUAAUACUAACCAUCCAUUAAGGAGGUGGAUCGCCAUAAAUAAGAGGUGAGAGUUAGAGUUUGAGUGUGUGAGUCAUUUAUAACAAACACUUAAGUAAUAAAGUGUUCUUUCCAUCAAAGCUUCCUUUCUCUUGUGUUUUCAUGUGUUCUUAGCUUUUUUAGCUUGCUAAGUAUUGAGGGUUAGGCUGACUUGGUCUUAAUUCAAGAGGUUGAGUAAGUCCAAGUGCCGGCACUAUAACAUUGGAGUGUGUUCAAGACCGUGACAAUUUGGCAUCAGAGCAAGUUUCGAGAGGGAGCACAAGUGCUUUGUGGGUAUGACUUCUAGUAUAAUCAUGGAGCAUGCUGAGUCUCAAAGGGGAAGGGAUACUAUUCAUUCUCAAUGGACAGGCAAGAACGUCCGCUCUUCAAGUGAGUCUAGAGGUAAAGACUCUAACUUCUUAGAAGAGAGAGAUUCUAUGUUGGAGAAUGUUUUAUCCUCUAUAGAUGAGCGCUUUCAAAUGACAGAACAUGACAAGGAGACCCCUGAGACUCACAUGUUAGGAGAACUAGAUGUUUUCAAAGAAAACAUGCUCCAAAUCAAAGAGAAGCUUGAGAAUUCCUUAAAACUAUUUGAGGAAGUUUGAGUUUAGUUCCAGGAGGCAAAAUCUCGACCAACCAUUAUAAGGGAGACGACAAAGAUUGAUCUCCCAAAGUCAAAGGAGUUCAA